UGCGGCCCAAUCGAAGCGAUUUAUUUAACAGGAAGUUAUGUCUUUGCUUUCCAGUAGAAUCAUACAUACGCCCCGUAUUUCUUGCAUGUUUUCGUGUACUCUUAAGACAUGCUCCCAAGACUUCUCCAUCAAAUAAAGAAUGCUUAUCUAUUCACAAGGAACACCUGUUCACAAAGGCACUUACCGGUUUUAACUCUCUUCACUAAGUAUCCAUGCCCCUUAUGCGAUGAAGCAAAAGAAAUGCUUCAGGCAUAUAAAGAUAGGUUUGUGUUGCAGGAGAUUGACAUCACUCUUCCCGAGAACAGUGUGUGGCACGACAGAUACAAGCAUGACAUCCCGGUGUUUCAUUUGAACGGGCAGUUUUUGAUGAUGCACCGGGUGAACACGAUAAUCUUGGAAAAGCGAUUGGAAAAAGAAGACAGAAAUGACUUAAAUACCAAUAAAUAACAUAGGUCUGUAAAUUAACUGUAAUUUGUCAGUUAAGUCUGUAAUAUACGUUUCUAUUGCAACUCCGUUGUUUCUGAUGUUAGGUUUUGUAGUUAAUAAGUAAAGAGUUUCAUCUCAUA